UAAAAAAACUCAUGUUUUCUUUCUUUCCCCCCAUGGGCAGUGAAUGGCUGUGCUCUGAAUUUGUGCCUUCUCUGGGUUCAAUGAGUUCUUGGGGGCACCACUGCUUAGGCAUGGCACCGGCGCACGCCAUUGCGACGGUGCUGAGAUACUGGUAUCAGGACUCCCCCCCAAAGGAGGUUCUCUCUCUAGGAGUCAUCAGCGAAGGUCAGUUUGAGCUUCCCGAAGGGAUUGUCUUUUCCAUGCCCGUGAGGUUCCGGAAUGGCACCUGGAGGGCCAUUACAGAACUGGAAAUGAGCACCAAAAACCAAGAGUAUCUUCAGAUUUUAGCCCUUGAUCUGAUUCGGGAAAAAGAAGUUGCAUUAGGGGAAGCAAUUGAACUAUAUCCACAAAGACGAGUACCUCAUUGGAAAGUGAGAGGGGAAGAAGAAGAAGAAGAAAAAAAAGAAGAAGAAAAAGAAGGAAGUCCUAACAAAGAGGUGGUGGAAGAGCUUCCUGAUGAAUUAAAAGAGGGAAAGAGCCCUGAAGAAGAAAUUGCCGAGGAAUCCCCGGAAGGAAUUUUUGACGAAUCUGCGGAAGGAAUUUUUGAAGAGUCCGCAGGCAUUCCUGAAGUUUCAACUUACCAGGCUCUGGUUGCAAAACAAUGCUGAAUGAGGAUUCAUGCUCCCUCAGCUAGACAGGACAGUUGCAGUUUUCCAACACUUGGGAUGUGGUGACUUCUGUAACUCACCAACAACGGAUUUGGUGCAAGAAAACUGUGUGUUUGUUCCCCUUCUUUAUAGAACAAGAUAUGUGCGAAAA